GUGACCGAGUGAAACAAAAACAAGUUUAAAUCGUACUGAUUUAAAAUAUUUUAACUGCAUUUUUAUUGGUAGUGAAAUAAGUCGAUUGUGUUCAAUAAAAUAGUAUAUAAAUAUUAUAAUAAUUUAAUAUAAACGUAAUAAGUUUGUGAUUUCAUUAUUUUAAUUCAUAUACAUUGAAUUCCAAAACAGACUGAAGCCUUUGUUUGAUUCACAACUGUAAAAAGUGAAGCGACGUUGCCGCUCUUCCACCAAAGUUUUCUAUUAUCAGAAAUUAAAUUUCAAUACAACUUUUUAGAAAAGCAUCUUAAAAAUUCGAUACCUUUAUGAAAUUUAAGUGAAACAAGCAAUAAGAUAUGCUCAAUUUGUUUGAAAUGUGUGCAUUUGAACGAUAUUCAGUUUCUGACGCAAUAGCAAUCUGGCAACAGCGCGCAGAGUUGGAGUAAACUAGAAGUUUCUGAUGUAUUAGCAAAACUAAUUGGAAACUACCCGUCAUUUUCACAGUUACUAAUCUUUAUGAGGUACUAGGGCCUCCGCGCCCGGUCGCUCAAACCGUCGGGUCGACGAGCCGUGGGGGGAUCGGCGCGGGCAUACACAACGACAUAUAGCCGCUGCUUGCUCCUGCGCACGCUUAGGUGCCGAUUCACCCGCCGCUCGCAUAGCCCGAUCAUGUUGAGAGCGGGCGCGAGGCACCCGGAUGCUAACGAGCUCGAGGCGUCCACGUCGUGGCGCCAGGACCAGGAUCUGGACGAGCAACAAUACGCGACCCUCAACGAGUACCUGCAGCUGGAGUAUAAGUUCCAGCCGAGACUGUGCCUGCCUGCUGACUCUGAGAAUGGUGAGGUGACAACUGGAGCCCGGGACGGCGCCGCCCACGUGCUGCGCUGUCUCAAGGUGUGGUACGACCUGCCAGCCGAUGUACUUAUCAGUGCUGUUAAUCUGUUCGACAGGUUCCUGACCAAAAUGAAGGUGCGGCCCUGCCAUAUUCCUUGCAUCACUGUCUCCUGCAUGAACAUAGCGAUAGACCAGCACGCUGAGGACACUCGUCAGCCGAGGAAUGUCACUGUGGAAGAACUGGUGUCAGUAUCCCAAUCUGCGUGUACGGCGGGCGACGUGCGGCGGAUGUCGCGUGUUAUUACGGAUAAACUAGCUCUAGCGGCGGAGUGUCGCGCGGGAACAGCUCUACAUUGGCUGCGUUUGUUAUACAGCAUGAUGGUUCGAGCUGCUGCACGGCUUAAUGUACCAUUACCGCCUGUACAGGAGAGCGAUCUAGUGAAUUUGCUAGAGAUAGCCGUCUGCGAUGCCAGCUGUGUGAACGCGCGCACCGGGGAAUUGGCUCUGGUCAUAAUAUAUCAUAAGCUUGAGGAGCAGCUGGUCGAUUGGUGUGCCCGUGAAACAUCUACGGGUGGGACUGCCGAGUGCGCGUUCUAUCUGAACGACUUCGCGGCGCAACUGCAGGCUUAUUGUCAUAUGUCGGAAGCAAGCCUAGUGUCUACCCGCAACGUUGUCCGCGCCGCGCUGUCCCGCUACGGAGCCCGGGGACGGGCGCACCCGCAGAGACUUGUGUGGAGACUCUCCGAACGGACGCUCAAGGUGUUGCGCCCGACCGACCGUCUCACAUCUUUGUUGCCGACCAUCGAGGAACAACACUUCGCAGCAGAACAGACCGCCAACAGAAACAGAUCGGGUAGCGAAAGCAGCGAGAGCGAAGAAACUUCAGAUUGGCCCCGAAGCCCUGUACUCCCAGUGUACUGCAACAACUGAACACCAAACACCCGCGCCUUCUAAUCGUAAGCUGUCAGUCCGAAAUUACAUCCAUAAACAAUAACCAUAGACAAAAAAUUAAGGCUGUGUGCUAAAGAUGUAUGUUUUAAUUUCGUAGCUUUAAAAAAAUAAGUGUAUGACUUGGUCUUUUGCCAUGAAAGAAAAUUAUCCCAUUGAAUUGUUUGUACAUUAAAUUAAUAUAAUAAUGAAUUUGAAAAUAUUUGCGUAGGAAGAAAUGUAUAUUUAAUUAAUAAUUUUAUUUUAUGGUGUAUAUUUUUGUUUAUUAAUAAUAAUAUAUUAUAUGACAAUAGUUGUCUAUGGUUUGUCUGUAUAACGUUGUGCCUUGGGCAGUAAAAAAAAAAAACAAAGCAAAUGCAGUAUGAGCUCAGAAAGAGGUUUUUAUUCUGUGCAUAAAUUUGAAAUCGCCAAAUACGUUUAUAAAUAAAAGCCUGGCUUUUGAUUUUAGAUUAUUUAUAUUGUUAUAGAAUAAUAAUUAAAUGCAAAUUUUAUUAAUUAAAAUUUUACAGAGUAAAAAUCUCUAUAUUAUAUAUGGUAGCUAAUGUAGGAAGGCGCGUUUUCAAUUUAUAAUUGUAUGGUAUGCGUCGAUGUGUGUGUGAUCCCAUUUUUGAAAAUGUAGUCAAAAUACCGUGAUCCAAUCAUUUAGGCGGGAAAUUUCGGAAUUUUAGAAAUUCGAAAAUGGAACUUAACAAAUUUUAAAUUCCGAAAUUUUGAAUAUCGAAUGGAAGUCAGAGUCGAGCAUGGCGUUUAGGUUAUCAAUAGAUUAUAGUAUUUGAGUUUACGAAGGUGCAAUUAAAGUGGUCGAACCAGUAAAAAAGAAAAUAAAAAAUAAAAAAAGCCGAGUAUUAUCUGUAUGUUCGAAUCGGUAAUUUUACAUUUAGAAUUGUCGAUUGAUUUAAAAAAAAGUAUAACGUUUUUAUAAAAGUAUUUAUUUAAUAGUUUUUAUGUUCUCAUUACAAUUUUACGUUUUAUGACUAAAUUGAAUGUCAAAUUAUUGAUUCGAAUUGAAUCGUCAUUAUGCAUUGACGUCGUUUGUUUCCAUUUUCUUCUAACAGUAGCUUUAUUAAUGAUAAAUGAUUAUUUUAAGAGUAAAUAACGAACAUGUGGGAACAGACGGCGUCGAACCAUAGCUUUUUUGUACUGUGAUUUUUGUAAGGAGGAAAAAAAACUGCAAGAAAUUCCAUAUUUUCUUAGAGAAGUAAGUUAUUGAGUAUAUGUUGACCUAUUAAAUGUUACAUACAAAUGACAAUUUUGUUUUUAGAUAUUUUUUUUCUAUCACAUACUACAGAAUUGAUAUUUGUGUGUGAUAUUCGUUUUUCUACUAUUUGUGUUGUGUGAAUGCGAUAUAAAAUGUAAAAAUACACAGAAAAGUGACAAAAAUCAAUUCCACCGAAGUUUUUUUUCUAUUAUUGUCUAUCAUUUACUUAAGUAUUAUAAAUAUUAUGUAGUUAUAAAAAUAUUCACUAUCAGACUAACUCCUUUUUGAGUUACAGACCGAAAGUCCAGAUUCUUGUUAAAAAUAAAAAAAAAUGGCAUUAUUUUAUUUGUAAUUAUUUGUAGUGGUAUGAUAAUUGUAAUUGAUUUAAUUUCCUAAUAAUUGUAGUCUAUAAAUGAAUAAAUGAAAAAAAAAUUACAAAUCUUAAAAAAUAUAGAAAAAAAUGAUCUCAGGUAAUUUUUCAUAGUACCUGCCAAUGUCAGUGGAAAUAGGGAAAAAAUAUUUUUCAUUUUAACUUUGAAACAAUAUUUUUGAACGCAUGAGGUCUGUAUGUGUGGUUUUCCUUUGCAUUCUUUUUCAUUUUUGCUUUUUAAAAGUGUGUUUGUGCGAAUGAAAAAGCCAUUACCACAAAUAAAACUUAUGCAUCUACUUAAAAUAUAAGAUUUUCUAUCUAUUUUUAAGUGUGCGUGUUAUAUCCUACGUCCACUAAUGAGCGAAAAGAAACACAUCCAUACAAAGGCAUUUAAAUUUAGAACAGAAUAUUGAAAGAAAUUAUGGCGCGAAAAUGUAAUAGAUUUUAUUAAAAAUGGCCAGUUUUUUAUAUCUUUUUAAUAUAUAUCCUUUUCGCUCAUUCGGUUGGAACGUCGGUUCGUAUGUCCAUAAAAAGUAAUGAAUGUACACAAUCUCUGUGAUAUGUCUCGUCGAACGUCAUGGCGUAUCGAAUAUUUUAAGAUCAGUUUUUGUAAUGACACUUUUUAAAGCCACAGACAAUCUAGACAAGUGAAUCGAUGAAUCUAUAAAAAAAAUAUAACGUUAGAAUUGUUUGAAAAAUGUAUUCUGCAUUCGGCGAUUUAUUUUUCAGCCGUAAUUUUAGUAAAUAUUUCUGUUAAUGUACCUAUUGACAUGAAUUUAGUAAAUUUUAAAGUGUGAUCUAAUUAAUAAUAUAAUAGUCUAAUAUUAAUAUUGUGUAGUUAAUUUUAUGUUUAAUCUCGAAUAUGACAUAUCUUUGGUCCGUCGUUGAAGGUAAAUCGCCGAAUUUCUGCAUUUAAAACACUUUGUUUGAAUAGUGUGUUGUGAUAGUUACGUAUUGUGUCAAAUUGUUUCAUAUUAUCUAUGGAAGAUUUACGAGAAUAACUUUAAAUUAUAUUUAUGUUUGUGGCCAGAACUUGAAAACUUUGCAAACAUUGAAUUUGAAUUUAGAAUAAUGUUUUUAUUCAUAAAUUUUCUUUAACAUGUAACUAGAAUUAAAAUAACUUGUCUGGCAUUUGAUUCUAUUCAUACUCUUGCUCUAAUGGGAGUGUAAGCGAGAUGGAAGACAACGCAAUCAAGAUUUUUUUUAUAAAUGUUUACUUUCGCGAUCUUAGUUUUUUGCUGUUUUAAUGGAAACAUAAUUUAUGUAACGAUGUUAUUAUUCUCGAUAAUUUUCAACGAUUAUAUGAAGCAAUAAGAUGUAGUAGCAUUGAUAUAUGAAAUAUCUAUAAUUGUACAAGUAGACUAAUAAACAAACCAUUGUCUCCAUAAAAAAAAAAGUAUUGUAAGCGUACGAUUGUAAUUUAAACAAACGACUCUUAAUUAGGUAUUGUUAUAAAACAUAUCAAUGUGAAUGUUACUACAUCAUAGACACAAUGCGAUCUGAAUGUUGUACAAGUGAAAACAUCUGAUAUCUCGAAUGAGAAAAUAAAAAGCUAC